UUAAACCCCCCCUUCUCUCUCUCAUCAUCUCUUUUCUUCAUCGAAGAACCCUUCUUCUUCGUCCUCGCCGUUACAGAAAACCCUAUAUUUCCUCUCAAAUGUUUCAAACCUUAGUUCCUUCCUCUAGAAUCUCUCUCUUUUUAUUCAAAAACCUCAACAAUGGCAGGAGGAGGAGUUACCUCAAGAGAACAGAUAAUUUCUUUACUAAAAAACCAAGAAGAUUUAGCUGUUAAACAAGCUAAAGAUAUUCUUUGUUCUAUUGAACCUUCUUCGCUGGUUGUUGAUCUUUUUCCUUACAUUGUUGAACUUCAGGGUUCUAAUGAAGUUUUGGUUCGGAAAAUUUUGUUAGAGUUUAUGGAAGAGCUUGGGUUGAAGGUGAUGGAUCAAUCAUCUGUAUUCAUGCCCGUCUUUUUGGCAUUAUUGAAAGAUGGUGCUUCAUCUGUUGUACGGCAGUCUAUUGUUAGUGGGACAAACUUCUAUUGUGGCGUUCUAAAAGAGAUGGCACUACAGAGCUUUUGGUGA